AUGGCAGAGACUCAGCAUGCCCUUCAACGGCUCUCGAAUGACUACCGCACCCUCCAAGGCCAACUACAAGACAAAAUCACCGGCCGGCAAACACUCGAAUCCCAAGUCGCAGAAAACAGAUCAGUCCUUGCAGAACUCAGUAAAGCAACCUCAAACAACACCGUCUACAAGCUCAUUGGACCGGUCCUCAUGCCGCAAGACUUGCAAGAAGCAAAACAAAAUGUUGCGCGUCGUAUUGAGUUGUUGCAGCAGGAACUGGAUAAAGCAGAGUUGACCAUUCGCACCGUACAGGAACAGCAGAAUAGCGUACGGCUGUCCAUCAUCAAGUUGCAGCAGGAGAGUGAAGGAGCUCCUGGUCAAGCAGUGAGUGCUUAA